AAUCACCUCUUUAAAUUCAGGUGUAAGCCUUUGAGAUCUUCAUUCUUGAGAAAGAACACCUUUGAUCAGGGUUGAAAGAUAACUCCGAUUAGCAAAGAAAAGAUGAGCCAACCAAGUGCAGGAUAUAGUCAUCCAAUUCCAGUCAUUCACCUAAGCCACCAUCAUCAACAGCAACAGCAACAGACCCAUACAGUCGUCCCUAUUGCUGUAGGGCCACCGCACCCACCAAUGCCCCCGCCACCACCUAACCUACCUUGUACAGAUCUAGUUGAAGGAAGUCGAGAAGAGUACAUCAUGGUUGGUGUUCCACUUUAUGAAGCAGCACUCAAAGGAGAUUGGAAGACCGCUAAACGUAUUCUUGAUGAAAAACCAGAUCUGAUCCAUUUUGCUAUCACCGGAAAUUACGAAACGCUGCUUCAUGUUGCUGCGUCAGCAGAAAGCACCAAGGCAGUGGAAGAAUUCGUGUUAAACCUAGUAAAUAUGAUGGACAAAAACGAUUUGAAGCUACAAAACAAAAAUUAUGAUACUGCCUUUAGUUUAGCAGCUGCAGUGGGAAAUGUUAAAACAGCUAAGAUAAUGGUGAAUAAGAAUCCGGCAUUACCAGAAAUCCCUAGUCGUCAUGAAACGAUGCCACUCUAUUUAGCUGCUUUAUUUGCAAAACCUGAAAUGGUGAGGUAUCUGUAUGGUAUCUCUAAGAAAAUGAGUGGCGAUUAUUGGUCAAAUGAUAAUCGUGGUUGGGUCCUACAUAAAUGUGUUGAAGCGGAAAUCUUUGAUGUUGCUCUAAACAUAGUAAAUGAUUGCCCCAAAUUAACCAUCAAGAAAGGGUUAGUUACUGAUGUUCUCUUAGCUUUGGCCCAUAAGCCUCAUGCAUUUAAACCGAAAAAACCACAUAUUAUCUUUAGAAUCAUCAACUCAGUUUUUGCAGUGCCUGACAAAAAAGAAAGUGAAGCCGUUCAAUUAUUAAGAAUAAUUUGGAAAAAUGUUGCCAAAUUGCCAAAGGGUGAGAUUGAUGACAUACUCCGAGGGCCACCUGUUACAAUUACUCUAAAGGAUGGAAAGAAAAUGAGAGGCUACCAUUCCCGAGUACUUUUUGUUGCUACCAAGAUGGGCAACACACGUUUUAUAGUUGAGCUCAUUCGAUUAUAUCCUGAUCUAAUAUGGAAAAAAGAUGACAAAGGAAAAACUAUAUUUCACUUAGCCAUCAAAUGUCGUCAAGCAAAGAUUUAUAAUUUGCUAUAUGAGAUUGGUGCGAUGAAAGAAAUAAUAACUCCUAUAACAGACAGAAAAGGCAAUAACAUGUUGCAUAUGGCUGCAUACAAGGCUAACCGUAGAAAAAUUCACAACGGGUCUGGGGUUGCUUUUGAAAUACAACGAGAGUUAUUAUGGUUUAAGGAGGUAGAGCAAAUGAUUCCACCUACUUAUAGACAAAGGAAGAAUGAAGUUGGUGAAACACCACAAGACAUGUUCGUGAGGAAACAAGCAGACUUAGUAUCUAAUGGCAAGGAUUGGUUGAAUCAUUAUAUGUUGGUUGCAACCCUCAUAGCCACCAUUGUCUUUGCAGCCGCGUUUACACUUCCUGGCGGAUACAACCAGAACACAGGUGUUCCUUUUUUCCAGCAAGAACCAUCCCUCAUUAUUUUUGUGAUCUCGGAUUUUGUUUCUUUAAUAUCCUCAUCAACAUCAGUCCUCAUUUUUUUAUCCAUCCAUACAUCUCGCUAUGCGGAGCGUAAUUUUAUGAAGUCAUUACCACGAAAACUAAUGUUCGGUCUAGCAACACUCUUCCUCUCUAUUGCAACAAUGAUGGUUGCAUUUAGUGCGAGUUUCUUUGUACUUUACAAUAAAAAGAUGGAAUGGGUGCCAAUCACCAUAACCUGUAUGGGGGCCUUGCCGGUUAUUCUAUUUGCUAUUAUGCAGUUUCAUCUUCUAGUGGAUGUUUUCCAGUUCUCUUACCGAUCAAGAUAUCUGUUUAGGCCCAGGAAACGUAUUCUUUAUUGUUAAGAUUAUUAUAGCGUUUGUUAUUUUGCAAGUUCCAUGUACUUUAAGAACUACUUUUCGGUCAUUACUAUUUCAAUGUGAUAUCAGUUUACAUUA